AUGUCCUUGAUAUUCAUACCUUCCCCUUUGCCCUAUUUGAGUCCCUUUUAUGAAGACCCUCCUUCCCGUUCGCUCCCCCGCUCCCGCGACCCCCCCAAAAUUACCCAACCUGCCAGAACCAGCACUCACCGUCGCUCUCCCUCGUUUGACCUUUCAGACCACCCCGUCCUCCUUCACAUCAUGACCGAACUCGAAGAAGGAUUUGCCACUGUAACCGUUGACGCCUUGGGUAGCCCUGGCGAGGACUCCCUUGACAUCGCCGAUGAGGGCGUGAUGUCCUCUACCCCUCCUAAUCCCGCUCCCGCUGAACAACCCCCGGCCAGCGCCCCCAACGCGCCAGCCCCAAAAGUCGCGCAGGAUAAUCAGGUCAUUCCCACUGCCACCGCUCUCUCUCGUGACCAGAACUUCCCCCGUCGAGACCCCUCUCCUCACCCUAAUCUCCAAUUCGUGCGCGCCGUCGACAACAUGCCGUACUCAUAUGAAUUCACCAACCCCUUGUCCGGCGUUAAAAUCAUCGCCACUAUUACGGACGUUUGGUGUGUCCACAUCGUCGCCGGCCACCUUCGCUCCGGCAAGCACCUCGAGUUCUACAAGAACAACUACAGUGAUCUGUACUACAGCAUCGUUAAAUGCUUGAAUCAGGAACCUUACCUCCUCGAACGAAACUGUCAGCUCCCUAUGAUCACCGAGGAUGGUCUAGUCCUCAGGCUCGGCAACCACAAUCCCAGCGCCUUCAUCCUUGGGUUAUUACCCCUUAACCCCGCCAAGGGUAGCGCCGCGAAGCAGGAAGUAAUGGCGCAUCCCAUUCCUCGCCACUCCAAAAAGCUUAAAGGGCCCGCUCCGAUCGACGACCCUCCUGCUCGUCGACCCGUACACCCUGAGGACCCCUAUUCCCAACUCUACGACCUAGAGCCGUCCCUCCUCUUCCAGAGUGUUGUAUCACUUGCUCGCUCCAACAAUCAAGAACUUCAGGAGCUCUGA